GUACAAAGUGGCAUAAAAGGGAGCCUACAAUUAGAACAUAGAGAGUAUUAUUAUUUUUAUCAACACUAAAUAGACUCAGUUCCACGCGCGCAUCUCCAGUUCACCUCCGUAAUCAAAUGGAUUACACUGAUUUAUACCUGUGGCGCAAUAAGGCAAACCUGUUGCAGAGAGAGGGCAUGAACACACCGCAGCAAAAGAUGGGGGACCCCAUACCAUCCUCGACUUUAAACCUCAAGGGUGUUGCUCGGAGCAUUGAUCAGUUUGUGGGAGGCACGCUAUCAUCCCAAGAGUAUACGGAAAAGCUCGAGGCUUUGGAGCAGCGUGUGAGUGGCUUUGAUGAAAAGAUCGUGAAUUUGAUACAGUUGAUGAAGCUUUCCCAGAAACUCACCGAGGAGAAGAACGCGGAAUUGCGUCAGGAGAACCAAGAGCUACGGGAGCGCAUGGAACGGCAGGAGCACGCGAUAAAUCAAGUGUUGCACGAGCUAACAGUUUUAAACAAUACAAUGUCGUCGUCUUUAAAGGAGGCAAUAGAAAGGGUCCAAAGCAGCACCGAAACGCAGAUUUCAACGCAUGUAGAACGUGCGCUUGAAAAGGUUGCAUUUCUAACACAGGAGUUGGAUGUAGUGCGAACCGGCGCCACCAGUCUAGAAGAGCGUCUCGACGAGGUCAGCAAUGCACAAAGCAAGUCUUUGGAGACGUGGACGGUGGAGUUGGACACCAUCAAAGCGUGGGCAAAACGCAACUUCCAGAGGCUAAAGCAACACAUGGAUCAGAUUUGCUCUGAGACCUCGGUCAUCAAGGGAGAGCAUGAAGAGCUGUCCGCACGUAUCCAGGAAGUGAGUUGUAAAGCUGACAUAGAAUGUAAGAGAUUGCAACUUAUCCUUCGGCAAAAGUCAAAUGAGGCAGAGGCGCUGGAAUCGUUGGUGAAUAAGGAGCUUCGUAAUGUUCGAAUAGUGGCUCGUAAGCAUGAAAUUCUUCGUUCAUCAGACCUUACACCAGUACCACGGGAGAGCAUUAAAAAAGCGACUUUAUGCGAAGAACUUAAAUUCCCUAACAGGAUUGAGGCUAGUGAUAAACCAUAGGACAACAUCGUUUAGCUUUGCUCAUUCAAAU